AUGAACAAGACACCAGCCGACUCCAGUCAGUCAUCCCGCUUGCUGACUCCUACCACCAUGAGCUCUCAAAGCUCCGUCGUUGAGGAAACAUCAACUCCUGUCCGCACCUCCACCCCCUCAACACCACAUAACCAGAAUCUCGAUCUCCCCCCUAUGGCGAAGAACGAUCGAGCCUCCUCCCCCAACACCUCACUACUUACUGUCCCUGGCACCUCCUCUCUCACUCCUCCACCCUCUUCACAAGUUCCCAGCAUGCGUACAGCUACACACACAACAUCUCGUCUCUCCACACCUGAUCCUUCCUCACUCACCUCUCCACCACCUACAGCCACGAAUGGCAUGAAGCGAGACAUGGCUACUAUCGGGUCAGUCGCAAACAUUACUCAAGACAAAGUAACAAAUGCAUCGGCCGAGGAGUUGCGUGAGAUGCUACAAUCCGUUCUUUCAGAGAACAAGAAGCUUGAUAUUGCAGCUCGUGAAGCUCGCAUGUCUGCAGCUCACUAUAAGCUCCAACACAACUUGCUCACCAUUGAAAGCGAGGAGGCCGUAAAGCACUUGGAAGUCGAACAUGACAUGACCCUCCGAGAGGUUGAACUGCUACAGCUCCGUGUCCAAGAUGCUAGAGAUCCUCCCGAACUCGAGCGUUACAGAAACAAAUCCAAGAUGCUAGAGGAAGAAGUCCGUAGACUCAAUGACAACUUGCGAAAGGCCAAAAGAAUCAUUAUAUCCAAAGAAGAUGAUAUUAUUGACUUGGAAAUUGAGUGCAAACAGCUUCGGGAGAGAAUCCGCGUCAAUCGAGCACAUAUCAAUGAGAUGCGUAGCCCAGGAGGAAUCUUUCAUAACCCAAGCUUACACAACUCUCCUGCAACCCCUCAGCAAUAUCGUGCUACUCCAAGACACACUCCAAUGACCAAUCAGUCCAUUCGACGAGCUCGGGAUCAAAGUCAAGAACCUUUUGCUGCUUUACUUCUUGCGGAUCGUGUAUUAAGUCAAGAAAACAAUAGUGCACCUUCCACCCCUAUCGUCGCUCGACGACCAGAGCAACAACGCACCCCUAAUCGACACAACAGAAAUGUACAGUCGCUCUCCUCGUUGCCAACUACCCCAGGGUCCGCUCGACAAGCUGCCAACUCAAAAUUAUUACCAUCUGCACAGUUCUCGUCCCAAGCAGAGGCAAGAGUUGCUUCUACACUUGCUGCUGGAGCUGUUCAAAAACCAAGAGAGAGACGACGUAAAUCUCGUGACAGCACUAUCUCGGCUUCCGAUUCUGAGGAGAUUGCCCGCGCAACUGCUGAAUACCGUGAAGAAAGUCAAGAGGUUACUGAAAGUCAAGCUAGUCAAAGUGCAACUGAGAUGCUUCGUCGAGAUCCCCGCGAAUCCUUCGAAGUAGCAGCCUCUCGUGCCACAACACCUGUUGUUCAAGCCAAGAUCUACGGAACUAUCACCAAGUCAAGCGUUGACAAGAGAAAGCGACUUCCUGAUGGAUCUGAAUCAAGCCACGCGGUCAAGAAGCAUCGUGCAGCUACCGGUGUUGGUCUAGGAAUUGGUUUUGAGUCCAGUCGAUAA